CCAAUUGCAACUUAGCUCAAGAGAUCUUGUUCUUUGGGGAAAUUUAGGCGGGCAUUUAUGCGUUUAUCCGGUUCGCUCUUUUAUAUUUACUUCACUAAGUUGAUCAAGCGGCAAACGCCAUUGAAGCUUUUCGCUUUUCUCGCUUUAAAACCCUGUUUGAGUCGCUGUUUUUCGCUAUGAGUCUGAUUGUUUGCCGACAUGGAAUCGGCCGUAGAGGAAAGAGAGGCAGAAAGGCUGAAUACGAGCGUCCAAGACACACAGGGACCUAAUUUCGCGCCAACUGCAUUGCCCAUUUACACCCAAGCUGGACCAGUGGCCAAUGGCACUGAAGUAGCGAUAGGUACUGUACCACAAGUGAUAGAAAGUCAUCCAGAGCAAAGCGAUGGGAAUCAAGGCGGGCUGAGCAUUUCUAGCGCGACCGCAGUACAAGUCGCAGUGGCUGUGUCUUCAGGGGAUGGAGUGAGAGCUGAAGAUGGUGGUGGCGGCCUUGUCACCGCUAUACCGGCGGAAUAUGGACUCGCAGCUGGUUUAGCACCACAAUACGUGAUACAACAUGACAGCCCAGCGGAUGAAGAGGGAGCAGUAGGGGAUUUAGAUGGAGACGAUAAGGAAUCAAGAGAAGAAGUUUUAAGAGAACAGGAUCGUUUUCUUCCCAUUGCAAAUGUGGCUAGGAUAAUGAAAAAAUCAAUACCUAAGACUGGCAAGAUUGCUAAAGACGCCAAGGAAUGUGUACAAGAGUGUGUAUCAGAAUUUAUUAGCUUCAUAACUAGCGAAGCAAGUGAGCGGUGCCACCAGGAAAAGAGAAAGACAAUCAAUGGUGAAGAUAUAUUGUUUGCAAUGCAAACACUCGGCUUUGAUAACUACGUUGAACCACUCAAACUCUACUUGCAGAAGUACAGAGAGUCAAUAAAAGGUGACAAGUCAUUAUCAUCAACAACAGAGGGAAGACAGGAAAUGGAGGAUGAGGAGCAUGUACAACAGUUCCAAGUCGGUCACAUGCACCCUACCAUGAUAACAUCUGAUCAAACUCCGACCACAAUUUACAGCACACAAUACCAGACGGCAAUGCCCCAGCAGCUACACUUCCAGUAGAGGUUAGCGUAGAGAACUUGUAAAAAGUACGGCUGCUUGUACAUAUUAUAAGCUUUAAUAUUAUCUUUAUUAUAUAUUACUAACAACCAUGCUAAGACAUGUUUUUACAUCUACGUGUGCUAUCUGAUCAAAGUUGGUUUUCAGGUCGCAACACACUUUAAUUCAAUUGUUAUUUGUUUGUUUCUUAUUAAUAUUAGUGGAUCAAGGGAAUGAAUAAACAUACACACUAUUUUAAAAACCAAACCGAUACAGGGUUCAAAAAAAAAAUUUCAAUCUGAUAGAUUUUGCCGAAUUUGUGGAUUUUGGUGAAAAAAAGGCCUGAAUAAAAAGAGCCGGCAAAGACUAGAAAACAGCCGGCUAGCCGGCCGCUAUUUUGAACCCUGGACUAAUAGUCCGAUCAUGACUGGGAACAAAAGAAUCUUUCUUAUCUUAUAUUUUGUGGGUUUUUAUUUUAGUGGCAAAUGCCCUUCAGAUUGUCGCGUUAGAUUUCAUGGACACUUUUUUUUAUCCUGUUAGUCGGGUGUCCCUUGCGUUUUUUAUGUGAUGCUUGUUGUGUUUCACCCCAAAGACAAUCAUAAUCUGAUAUCAGACUAGAUUUGUCGACGGCCUGCCGAUGGUAGAGAUGGCCCCAUAACCCCUCAAGCGCUUUCUGAUUAUUAAAAAAACAUUAUGAAAACUUGGACCACUGAAAAGCAUUUUGCAGUGCGACGCGUAAGAAAGUUGGCCAAUUAAAAAUUCCAUCGUGCUUUCAUGUGCACCGGAACGCCGAUGCCAAUCAGAUAGUAUGUUUCUCCCAUUGGCUUCCCCGACAAAUUGUGGUGGCCACGGUAGCGUGCAGUCGUACAGUCGUAUUUUUACAAUACGACGAAAAGAGUACAAACAUUUCAGUGAAAACCGCAACUCUUCACAGAGCUUAAAACGUUUUAUUUUUCGUUUUCGGCUGCUGUCAUCCCCAAUAGUCCAGUUUCGAGUUCCUUCGUGCCCGGUGGACAUAGACACUAAGGACGCAUAAUCAAACCUCGGUUUGAGGCGAACCGUACGCAAAUACCACGAGAUCAUAAAGAAGUUUUUACAUUGUUUUAUUCUAAGCUCCAAGGAAGUCACGCUGGUAUACGCAUACAAUUUGUCCUAAACCGGGGCUCGCAUUGUAUUUAUACGUUCUUAGUCUUUCUGUUCAGCGGGAAUAGCAGAAUUUAAAACUGGCAGCGGCGUAGCCAGGAUUUUUAACAGGAGGAGGCCCAGAAGAGACUUUUUCAAGGCAUUUUCUCCUGUAUUUUAGAUAAUGUCUCAUACAUUUACAGUAUUUUUGGCUUCUAAAAGGGGGCCCCGGGCCCCCUAGACCACCCCCUGGCUACGCCCCUGACUGGACCGUUAAUGUUUUUAGUUAAAAAGCACACAUAUAUCUAAAUAGAAUAGAAACUACUAUCUAGCGUAUUGUUUAUUCUGGAUAAGUUGUAAAAAAAACUUGAAAAUAUCAGUAUUGCUAUGAUAAGGAUUUCGAGUCUUUAAUUUAUAUACAAUAGCACUCUUUAACCAAUAUCCUACUCUUUAACCAAUAUCAUUAUCGAUACUCAUUUUAGAAGUAAAUGAGAAAUAGCUUAACAUUGAAGAUUGAUGUACAUUUAUAAAACUCGAGUACAAAAAAGCAAAUGGAAUAAACGUUAAUAAUCUUUUCUGUACUCUCAUUUCAAUCUUCCAUGGUAUUCCAAGGGACAGCGAUAACUACCGUACAUGACGUAAUAAACGCCCGGGCCGGCCAGGAUCAAAAUUAUAGCCUGCGUAGCAAGCGUUUACCGUGCGACAAAGGCAAUGAUUUAACGGUGCAAGUAUGCGGUAAACGUAAACGAGAAUUAGGCCUUGUUAUUCCUGAAUGCUACACUGCGAGGACAAAA